UGCAACUGCACUCCAGCCUGGGCAACAGAGUGAGACCCUGUCUCAAAAAAAAAAAAAGUAUCUGAGGCCUAGUGUUAGAGCCCUGAGUUUAAGUCUUACCCCAAGGCUUAUCUGGAACAAUUUAGUUAGCUUCACUAGGCCUCAAUUUCUCGAACUAUAGAAGAGUAAAUUAUACCUACCAUUAUGCAGUUUUGAGAAUUUUACUUUCUGUAAAAAGCCCAUAGCAUAGUAUCUGGCAUAAAUGGACUUACUGCUUUCUGUACAAGGAUAAAAAAGAUGCAGAAAGAUAAUCACAUAGUUAUUUUGGAAGAAGAGAUUUUGAAAAAACAAAAAAACAAUGUCCCUUGGUAAAUAGGGCCAUAUCCUAAACACUGUAGUAGAUAAACGCAUAUGGAAUAUAAGUGAUUAUAUUAGGACCCUAAGUUAUUGGUAUUGAAUAUAAUUAUUUUGUUACUAUUUUCUAAUUCAAAGGAAGACAGGGAUUUUUUCACUAUAAAGAGUGACUAAAGUGAGUCCUAUAAAUUGAUUACAUUUUUUAAAGGAUUACCAAGAUUAUAUAAUUAAUUUCCAUUAAACUCUGAAGUAAACAUUGGUUAACAGUUGAGGAGAAAGAGAAUGGAUAUCAGGUUCAUUGGCGUGGAUAAAUGUUCAGUGGGAGGAUUAGAAUUGACUGAACAGACUCCUGCUUUAUUAGGAGAUAUAGCCAUGGCAACUACUCUCAUGGACAUAGGAGAUUCAUUUGGUCAUCCCGCUCGUCCUUUAGUCAGCAGAUCUAGAAACUCACCAGUGGAAGAUGAUGAUGAUGAUGACGUUGUAUUUGUUGAAUCUAUACAACCUCCUUCAGUUUCUGCUCCAGCAAUAGCUGAUCAAAGAAACUUUAGAUUUACGUCAUCAAAACAUGAAAAGCCACAAGGAAAUUAUUCUGUAAUUUCUGUUUCGUCAAGAGAUUUGGCAUCUCAGAAAGGAAAUAUAAGUGAGCCAAUUGUUAUUGAUGAUGAAGAGGACAUGGAAACAAAUGGAGGAGUGGAGAAAAAUUCUUCCUGUUUUAUUGAAUGGGGACUUCCUAGAACUAAAAACACAACCAAAGAUUUGGAUUUCUCCACUUCCAGUCUUUCAAGAAAUAAGACCAAGACUGGAAUAAGACCUUUUAAUCCUGGUAGAAUGAAUGUGGCAGGAGACAUAUUUCAGAAUGGAGAAUUUGCAACUCAUCAUAGUCCUGAUUCUUGGAUCUCCCAGUCAGCUUCAUUUCCCCGUAAUCAGAAACAGCCAGGAGUGGAUUCUUUAUCACCAGUGGCCUUACUUCCUAAGCAGAAUUUCCAGCCUACAGCCCAACAGCAACUUACUAAACCAGCUAAAAUCACUUGUGCAAAUUGCAAAAAGCCUUUACAGAAGGGCCAGACAGCUUAUCAACGAAAAGGAUCAGCUCACCUCUUUUGUUCUACCACGUGCCUGUCUUCCUUCUCUCAUAAACGUACUCAAAACACACGAAGUGUAAUAUGUAAAAAAGAUGCAUCUACGAAGAAGGCUAAUGUUCUUCCAGUAGAAUCAAGCAAAUCCUUCCAAGAAUUUUGUAAUACAUCUUGUUUGUCUCCCUGUGAAAACAACCGGAAUCUUAAAAAGGGAGUUUUUAAUAAGUCAAGAUGUACAAUUUGUAGUAAAUUAACAGAGAUUCGCCAUGAAGUCAGUGUAAAUAAUGUAACACAUAAACUGUGCAGUAACCAUUGCUUUAAUAAGUACAGAUUGGCCAAUGGUCUAAUAAUGAACUGCUGUGAACACUGUGGAGAGUACAUGCCUAGUAAGAGUACUGGAAGCAACAUCCUGGUGAUUGGAGGUCAGCAGAAGAGAUUUUGCUGCCAAAGUUGCAUUAACGAAUAUAAACAGAUGAUGGAAACAAAAUCAAAAAAACCAUCAGUAUCAGAAAAUAGAAAAAGGAAUGCUGUUAGAAAGGAAAAUGAGAAACAAUUCUGUGGAUCAUCAAGUAUACUUUCGGAAAACAUAGAAGGAAUCCCAGAAAAAAAGGAAAAGACAUCAGAGCUACAGGUUUCAGUAGAAUGUGGCACAGACACAUUACUCAUCACAGAGAAUGUGAAUUUACCUCCUUCUUCCAUGUCAACCAUAGCUGAUAUAUUUCAAGAGCAACUGGAAGAGAAAAAUUCUGAAGACUCCAUUGUACCAGUUGUGCUUUCCGCAGAUCCAGGUACAUGGCCCCGAAUUUUGAAUAUUAAACAACGGGACACUCUUGUCGAUAAUGAUCCACCUCAAGUAAGAAAUUUUAACUUUCCAAAAGAUAAUACAGGGAGGAAGUUUUCAGAAACUUAUUAUACACGGAUUCUUCCAAAUGGUGAAAAAACCACUAGAUCCUGGUUACUUUAUUCGACCUCAAAAGAUUCUGUGUUUUGUCUGUAUUGCAAACUCUUUGGAGAAGGAAAAAAUCAACUGAAAAAUGAGAAUGGGUGCAAAGAUUGGCAACAUUUAUCACAUAUUCUUAGUAAACACGAAGAAAGUGAAAUGCACAUCAACAAUAGUGUUAAGUACUCAAAAUUAAAAUCUGAUCUAAAAAAAAAUAAAACUGUUGAUGCUGUAGAACGCAGAUUAUAUGAAAAUGAGGAGAAUGAUGGUGUGCUGUUGUUGUACACAUAAUAUACCUGAUUUGUUUUUUGA